AUGGCUGAGCACACCUACAAGUUCAACGUCAGCAUGAGCUGCGGCGGCUGCUCCGGCGCCGUUGACCGUGUCCUGAAGAAGCUGGAUGGCGUCAAGUCGUACGAAGUCUCUCUCGAGAGCCAGACCGCCACCGUUAUCGCUGAGGACAGCCUGCCCUACGAGAAGGUUCUCCAGACCAUCUCCAAGACUGGCAAGAAGGUCAACUCUGGCAGCGCCGACGGUGUUGAGCAGAGCAUCGAGGUCACCGCAUAA